CUACGCGUCUGCCCGCGCCCGAAGCAGCGUUCCAAUCUGGCCAUUGUGUGGAGAUGGAAUAUCUCGCCGACGCCAUUUCCUCUAACGGCCCUGUCCAGGCCUCGCCAUUCUCAGAACUAGUCAUGGUCACAACCGUCUGCGGCCGUGCCCUCGUCCAUCACUACCAAGCCCUUGUCGAGAGCAGCUACAACAGCUCCAUUCGCAACUUUCACGACUGACACCAGUGGAUCCACAGUACCUUGACUCAGUGGCUAAAUAUGCUAGCAAGGAGCACGUCAAGUAUGAGCGGGAGUAAUGACGGGGUCGCCCUCUUCACGCGCAUGCUCGGCCAAACUACCAUCUUGUAUCUCCACCAUACUCUCGAACUUAGUGCGUACGAUUUUGACGCGGUUGGACUAGUAUUUGCUAUUGAGUACGACGAGACUGCCUUCCAAGCGGCGCAGGAAAUGAUCUCGUUGGCGAAGACGUUAGGCCAGCUCAACUCCUUCAAGAUCCAUCCUUUUACCUCCAUCCCCCUCGCCCUCUGCGCAGCCUUUCUCAACACCCACCGCGACCCAAAUACUCGAUUCUAUACAAAGCUCCACGAAAUGUUUCAGGCUCUCCGGCACGUCAAAAUCGCCAAUAGCCUUGGCGGCAAGAUCCUGGAGAUAUUUCAGUUGCUUCGCUACCAUACCCAGACAAGCGAAAACCCAUCUUCAGGUAUAGCCAUCGAGAAUGUACCGCCAUCAAAUCGUUGAUCAAGC